AUGGCUUCUCUGAUCACCUCCAACCCCCAUCCCCUAUAUUCCUCAGUCUUGGCUUCCUGUGAUGGGUUCAACCUGGAUGUGGAGAAGCCCACCAUAUUCAGAGAGGAUGCAGCCGGUUUUGGGCAGACUGUCGUGCAGUUCGGUGGAUCUCGACUCGUGGUGGGAGCCCCUCUGGAGGUGGUGACGGUCAACCAAACAGGACAGUUGUACGACUGUACAUCUGUUACUGGCACAUGCCAACCCAUCUUGCUGCACAUACCCCCAGAGGCUGUGAACAUGUCCCUCGGCCUGUCCCUUGUGGCUGCCACCAACUCCUCCCAGUUGCUGGCUUGUGGCCCGACUGCGCAGAAAGCUUGUGCAGAGAACAUGUACACAAAAGGCUUCUGCCUCCUGCUGGACUCUGAUUUGCAGUUCAUCCGAGCAGUUCCCAUGGCCCUGCCAGAGUGUCCAGAGCAAGACACAGACAUUGUUUUCCUGAUUGAUGGCUCUGGCAGUAUUGAUGAAAGUGACUUUAGCCAGAUGAAAGAUUUUGUCAAAGCUUUGAUGUUCCAGUUCGAGGGCACCAGCACCAUGUUCUCCCUGAUGCAGUACUCAAACAUUCUGAAGACCCACUUCACCUUCACCAAAUUCUGGAGUAGCUCAAACCCUCAGAGCCUGGUGGAUCCCAUUGUCCAGCUACAAGGCCUGACGUUCACAGCCACGGGCAUACAGCAAGUGGUGAAAGAACUAUUUGAUAGCAAAAAUGGGGCCCGCAAAAGUGCCAAGAAAAUCCUAAUUGUAAUCACGGAUGGGCAGAAGUACAGAGACCCCCUGGAAUACAGUGAUGUCAUCCCCCAGGCCGAGAGAGCUGGCAUCAUCCGCUAUGCCAUUGGGGUGGGAGAUGCUUUCCAGGAACCCACUGCCCUGCAGGAGCUGAACACCAUUGGCUCCACACCCCCACAGGACCAUGUGUUCAAGGUGGACAACUUUGCAGCACUUGGCAGCAUCCAGAAGAAGCUUCAGGAGAAGAUCUUUGCCAUCGAGGGAACCCAAUCAAGGACAAGUCGCUCCUUUCAGCAUGAGAUGGCACAAGAAGGUUUCAGUUCGGCUCUUACAAUGGAUGGACCAGUUCUGGGGGCUGUGGGAAGCUUCAGCUGGUCUGGAGGUGUCUUCCUGUAUCCUCCAAAUAUGAGACCCACCUUCAUCAACAUGUCUCAGGAGAAUGUGGACAUGAGGGAUGCUUACCUGGGUUACUCCACUGAGCUGGCCUUUUGGAAGGGGGUCUACAGCCUGGUCCUAGGGGCCCCUCGCCACCAGCACACCGGGAAGGCUGUCAUCUUUACCCAGGAAUCCAGGCAGUGGAGGCCAAAAUCUGAAGUCAGAGGGACUCAGAUUGGCUCCUACUUUGGGGCCUCCCUUUGCUCUGUGGACAUGGACAGAGAUGGCAACACAGACCUGGUCCUGAUUGGGGCCCCCCAUUACUAUGAGCAGAACCGAGGGGGCCAGGUGUCUGUGUGCCCCAUGCCCAGGGGGAGGAGCAGGUGGCAGUGUGAGGCCACUCUCCAUGGGGAGCAGGGCCAUCCUUGGGGCCGCUUUGGGGCGGCUCUGACAGUGCUGGGGGAUGUGAAUGGGGACAGCCUGACAGAUGUGGCUGUCGGUGCACCUGGAGAGCAGGAGAACCGGGGUGCUGUCUACAUAUUUCAUGGAGCCUCAAAACUGGUCAUCGGUCCCUCGCCCAGCCAGCGGGUCACUGGCUCCCAGCUCUCCUCCAGGCUCCAGUAUUUUGGGCAAUCACUAAGUGGGGGUCAGGACUUCACCCAGGAUGGACUGGUGGACCUGGCUGUGGGAGCCCAGGGGCAGGUACUGCUGCUCAGGAGUCUGCCUGUGCUGAAAGUGGGGAUAUCCAUGAGGUUUGCCCCUGUGGAAGUGCCAAAGGCUGUGUACCAAUGCUGGAAAGAGGUGCCCACCAUCUUGGAAGCUGGGGAGGCCACAGUCUGUCUCACCAUCUACAAAGGCUCACCUGACCAGUUAGGUGACAUCCAGAGCUCUGUCAGGUAUGAUCUGGCAUUGGAUCCAGGCCGUCUGAUUUCUCGUGCCAUUUUUGACGAGACCAAGAACUGGACUUUGACUCGAAGAAAAACUCUGGGGCUGGGAGAUCACUGUGAAACAGUGAAGCUGCUUUUGCCAGACUGUGUGGAGGAUAUGAUGAAUCCCAUCAUCCUGCGCCUCAACUUCUCCUUGGUGGGUGACCCUGCCUCAUGCAGGAACCUGUGUCCUGUGCUGGAUGUGGGCUCACAAGGCCUCGUCACAGCUUCUCUCCCCUUUGAGAAGAACUGUAGGCAAGAUGACCUUUGUGAAGGGGACCUAGGCAUCAACUUUAGCUUCUCGGGCCUGCAGACCUUGGUGGUAGGAAGCUCCGUGGAGCUCAAUGUGACAGUCACUGUGUGGAACGAGGGGGAGGACUGCUAUGGAACUGUAGUCAAAUUCUACUACCCAGCAGGACUGUCUUACCGACAGGUGUCAAAGGCACAGCAAGCUCAUCCGCACCCCCUGCAUCUGGCCUGUGAGGCAGAGCCCACAGAGGAUGUGGGCCUGAAGAGCAGCAGCUGUAGCAUUAAUCACCCUGUCUUCCGAGAAGGUGCUAAGAGCACCUUCAUAAUCACAUUUGAUGUCUCCUACAAGGCCACCCUGGGAGACAGGUUGCUUAUGUGGGCCAAUGCAAGCAGUGAGAAUAAUAAGCCUGGAACCAACAAGACUACCUUCGAGCUGGAGCUCCCAGUGAAAUACAUGGUGUACACGGUUAUCAGCAGGCAGGAAGACUCCACCAAGUAUUUCAACUUUUCAUCUUCUGAUGAGAAGAACAGGAAAGAGGCCAAACAUCGAUACCGAGUGAAUAACCUGAGUCAGAGGGAGCUGGCUGUUAGUGUUAACUUCUGGGUUCCCAUCAUGCUGAACAGUGUGGUUGUGUGGGAUGUGGCUGUGAGGACCCCAUCACAGGAUGUUCUCUGUACAUCACAGAGGAAACCUCCCCAGCAUUCUGACUUCCUGACUCAAAUUCAAAGGAAUUCUGUUCUGGACUGUUCCAUCGCUGACUGCCUGUGGCUCCGCUGUGGCAUCCCCUCCCUGGGCAGCCAGGAGGAGCUUGACUUCAUUCUGAAGGGCAACCUCAGCUUCAGCUGGGUCAGCCAGACAUUGCAGAAGAAGGUGUUGGUCAUGAGUGUGGCUGAAAUCAGUUUCAACACAUCUGUAUAUUCCCAGAUUCCAGGACAGGAGGCAUUCCUGAGAGCCCAGGUGGAGAUGGUGCUAGAAGAAUACGAGGUCUAUGAUCCCAUCUUCCUCUUGGUGGGCAGCUCAGUGGGAGGUCUACUGUUGCUGGCUCUCAUCACAGCCAUACUGUACAAGCUUGGCUUCUUCAAGCGUCAGUACAAAGAAAUGCUGGAUGGCAAGCCUGCAGACCCUGCCACAGCCGGUGGGGAGGACUUCAGUCGUGAGGCCCCACUUCUGCCUACACCCGAGUAAUCCACUUUCCUGUUUAUCUCUACCACCAAGAGCUGGUCUUGUUUAUGCCUAUCAGUCCACUGCCAUGAAAACAACUUCUCACGGGUCAGUAGUGGCCUGGGCAGCCUAUCAGAUGCUGGGCCAUACUUCCUGAGUUAAAGAUUUGGAUGUUUUUACCUAGGUGUCAAACUUCUUCAGUGCUAAUCUACUUUUUGGAGGAGCAGGCAUGGUGCUGGCAUAAAAUUUCAUAUGAAUAAGAAUUAUCACACAUUAUGAGCUAGGUGAAUAUACUCAAUGUACAAUAUUUUUAAACAAA